AUGGGAGUGAAGCAGGUUCAACCAUUUAAAGGAUUUCCACCAGUUGAUCUUGGAGGAGAGUUUAUUCAUGGAUCAAACACUGUGGUUAACAAGAUUGCCCAUGAUAAUGGCUGGGUUGUUCUACCAGCCGCUCAAUGUAAAGACAAAAAAGAAGGCUCUAAAAUCUACUACAAAGGAGAGCUUCACUCGCUGUCCAGUGAUCAGCCAGAUAUUGUACUCGCUAGAGAAGCAUGGACUGAAAUAAUCAACAGCAAAUACAAAAGUCAAGACAAUGAACCUGGAUCUGAGUCAGAUUCUUUGAAAAUCAGACUUGAAGAGAAGGGUUUGUCACGUGAUGUCCUAGACGUCAUUGAUUGGUGGAAGAUGAAGAUAUCUGCGGGAUCCUUAGCGUAUUAUGGGGUGCGUGAGGGAAGGCGUAGAAUGGAGUCUAAAUAUGAGUGGGGACUUGAGGACUUUAGGUAAAUAGAUC